ACAUUAAUUUGGCAAUUGGGUCUGCAAAAGAAUUAAACUAAAGCGAUUUUAAUUUUAACAAGAAAAGGUAAGAAAAUAGUUUAAAAAACUGAAGGAAAGGGUUGGUGUACGCUGGUUGAACCGACUUUUGCGUGGCGAAGGAAAUAGCUCGACUAUCAUUAGAACAUUAUCUACCCAAAUUGGGGGUUAGGGUUCGAAAAUUAAUUGUAGGAAUUCCUUUCAGUUGCAGCCAUAUGCCGUGGUUCACAGCAACUCCGCUUCACAUCUUAACCGUCUUUCUCCUCUUCUUUUUUUUCUGUGCACCGAUCGCGCUAUCGGUGCCAGAUAAUUCGGGAUCUAUUCGGUUACCUUCCGAUGGAUUUACCAUCGCCGAAGAGAACGGAGGCGUCUGCGCACGAUUCACGAAAUCGGCGUCGUGCCCUGUCAAUUGCUUUCGAACGGAGCCUGUCUGCGGCCUUGAUGGCGUGACCUACUGGUGCGGCUGCGCCGAUGCCUUCUGUGCUGGUACUCGCGUGGCGAAAUUAGGAUUUUGUGAGGUUGGGAAUGGAGGUAGCGCAUCGUUUCCUGGUCAAGCGCUGCUUUUGGUUCACAUUGUCUGGCUGAUCUUGCUCGGUUUUUCUGUAUUGUGUGGUCUUUUCUAAUUAUUCAAAGGAGAGAGAUUUUGUGUUAUUCUCGGAUGCGAUCUGUAUUUCUUUUGUCUACUAUUUGUCCUACAUAUUAUUGUAAAUGAAAUUCUUUGGAUUAAUAAACGAAUUCGAUUCUUUUUUGUUCAA